GUGUGGAAAUCAUGUUAACGCUGUUACAACUGUAACUCUGUUGAACUAUAUGUUUGGCCGCGACAUUGGAAAAGGAAACCAUUUAUACAUUCGUCGCAACACCCCAACAACAGAAACUUCAGAAUGAGCGUGGGGUUCAUCGGAGCGGGUCAGUUGGCCCAUGCCUUGGUGAAGGGAUUCAGCGCUGCAGGUAUCAUUGCCACACAGAGGAUCACUGCCAGCUCCCCAGACACAGAUCUUCCCACAGUGUCUGGACUGCGGAAAAUGGGUGUCAAUCUCACGACCAGCAACAAGGAGGUGGUGAACAAGAGUGACGUUCUGUUCCUGGCUGUCAAACCACACAUCAUCCCCUUCGUGUUGGAUGAGAUCGGACCGGACAUUGAGGACCGCCACCUCAUUGUGUCCUGUGCAGCUGGUGUCACCAUCAGCUCCAUUGAGAAGAAGCUGCUCCAGUACCGCCCGUUCCCCAAGGUGAUGCGAUGCAUGACCAACACCCCGGUGGUGGUUCGGGAGGGAGCCACGGUCUACGCCACGGGUACCCACGCCGAGCUAGAGGACGGGAGGCUGCUGGAGCAGCUGAUGUCCAGUGUGGGCUACUGCACGGAGGUGGAGGAGGACCUGAUCGAUGCCGUCACCGGACUCAGUGGCAGUGGACCUGCCUAUGCAUUUACAGCUGUGGAAGCGCUUGCUGACGGGGGGGUGAAAAUGGGUCUGCCCAGGAGACUGGCUAUACGGCUUGGAGCACAGGCCCUGCUGGGAGCAGCCAAAAUGCUGUUGGACUCGGAGCAGCACCCUGGCCAGCUGAAGGACAACGUUUGCUCCCCAGGGGGCGCCACCAUUCACGCCCUGCACGUCAUGGAGAGUGGGGGCUUCCGCGCCCUGCUCAUCAACGCUGUGGAGGCCUCCUGCAUUAGGACCAGGGAGCUCCAGUUCUUGGCUGACCAGGAGAAGAUCUCUCCUGCGGCCAUCAAGAAGACUACGCUGGACAAGGUUCUGCAGCAGCCAGGGGUGGGAACAGGGGUGGGCGUCCGGACAGGAUCUGGGAUCAGCCUGUUCAACAGCAGCAACCCCAGGCAUAAGAAGUAAUUGAACUGAGUGGCUCUGAUCACAGAACAGGGGUGAAUUCAUUAGUGCAUUACAGACCAUAUCAAAACAUUUUGCAACAAAAACAAGUUUCUUAGCGGACAAGUUCAGGUAGUUCCUCCCUGUUUCGGUCUUUUUGCUUCCUAGUGAUACGCCCCAGGUAGAGACCCUCAAAAGAAUGAAACGCUGCUGAACAUAUUAUUUCAACCCUAAAACAUUUGUUAUGGUUAUAGCAUGCCAGCUGAGAGGAGGGGCAUAAAUGACAGCUUCAUAAAUGUGAGGAUAAACUUAAAGCAGCAAUAGAGGAUGUAGGGUGAAGGGACACUUCUCCUGCUCUCCUUCCAUGUUCACUGACUAGAAACAUCUGGACAGGUAAAAGCAAGUUCCUAAUAGAUAUUAUGGCUUUCACCUGUCCAGUGUUGUCAUAUCAGUGCAGAUGAAGGAGAAAAGCAGUAGGAGGUGACUGGGGGAAGAAGACUAACAUAGACAGUUAAGAUGGACCAACAUGGUGAUGAACAACAGGUCACAAUUCCUUUACAUUUUAGCCAUUUAGCAGAUGCUCUUAUCCAGAGCGACUUACAGGUGCAAUUAUGGUCAAGUGCCUUGCUCAAGGGCACGUGAACAGAUUUUUCACCUAGUCGGCUCGGGACUCGAACCAGGUAUCUAUCGGUUACUGUUGGAACGUACUUAACCUCUAGGUUACCUGCCGCCCACUCCCUUUCAGUAGAAACACAGAGACAGAUGUGGAGUUGGAUGUCUUAUGUGCUUAGCUAUCUAUAGCUUCUGUUUCAUAGAAUGUGUGCCUAUAUGUUCCGUUAGACAGAUUGUUCGGUCCUACAUUAUGUACAGUCUUACUGGAACUAUUUUGGUCUGUUGCUAAACAGCAAAGGUCCCUGUUUUCUAUUGUUGUUUAUCUCUUCAUUUUCUGGCUAUUUUCUUUGCUUGAUUGAGAGAUGAUAUUACAGAUUUAGUAUGUUAAUCAUUUUAGCCUGACUGAGGGAGUUUGUAGAAGGAGCAACACUGUUUAGACACUUGGAAACCACAACAAAAUGGGAAAUCUAUUUAACUUUUCUUUAUCCAGAUUUGUCUUGUUGAUGUAUAUCUUCUAUAAAAUAGACUUGUUCAGGAUGGUAGGAGUCAUUAAUGUUACAAAAGUUACACACAUAUAGAUAUCUAUCUAUACUGAACAAAAAUAUAAACGGAACAUGCAACAAUUUAAAAGAUUUUAGCGUUACAGUUCAUAUGAGGAAAUCAUUCAAUUAAAAUAGAUUUAUUAGGCCCUAAUCUAUGGACUUUAAAUGACUGGGAAUACAGAUAUGCAUCUGUUUGACAAAGAUGCCUUAAUAAAAAUGGGCCUCACAAUGGGCCUCAGGAUCUCAUGGUAUUUUUGUUUGUUCAAAUUGCCAUCGAUAAAAUGCAAAUGUGUUUGUUGUUCGUAGUUUAUGCCUACCCAUACCAUAACCAGGGUCGCCACCAUGGGGCACUGUUCACAAUGAUGACAUCAGCAAGCCACUCGCCCACAUGACGCCAUACACAUGGUCUGCAGUUGUGAGGCAGGUUGGAUGUACUGCCAAAUUCUCUAAAACGACAGUAGAGAAAUGAACAUUAAAUUCUCUGGCAACAGCUCUGGUGCAGAUUCCUGCAGUCAGCAUACCAAUUUGCAGCUCUCUCAAACUUGAAACCUCUGGCAUUGUGUUAUGUGACAACUACAUGGCCUUUUGUCCCCAGCACAAGGUACACCUGUAUAACGAUCAUGCUGUUUAAUCAGCUUCUUGAUAUGUCACACCUGUCAGGUGGAGGGAUUAUCUUGGCAAAGGAGAAAUGCUCACUAACAGUGAUGUAAACAAAUUUUUGCACAACUUUUGAGAGAAAUAAGCAUUUUUGUGCAUAUGGAGCAUUUCUGUGUUUUUUUUUUUCAGUUCAUGGAACACUUUACAUGCUGCUUUUAUAUUUCUGUUCAGUGUAGAUGAAUCUCCUUUGCAAGAUAUACUUGCUACACACAAACACAUCUCCUUUGUGUGAGAGACUUGUUCAAGAUGGUAGCAAUCAUUGUUACACAUACACAGUAGGUAGACUACAGUAUUUUACGUUCAGCCCUUUUACAUAUUUGACUGGCAUAUCACUGUUUACAAGGUGGAAGUGGUACUAUUAGGCCAAUACAAAGUGAAAUACAUGAAUAUGCUGAACGUGUAAGAGUUUAUAUAUUUUGUUCACAAAAUAUGUAAAGUCUAGCUAGAUCUGUUUUAUUAAACGUUAUUUCCAAAACUUUCAUGAUUAAUUAAAUUAUUUAAACUAUUUUUCUGUAUCCUGUGUGCAUAUGGGUGAUUUUGCAAAUACUGGCCUUUUUGUGUCUCAGGGUUAGAUUAAGAUCAAAUGUUAAUUUAGAAUUUUUUUUUUCACAUUGAGACUAUAACCUAAACUUUUUCUUUCAGCUUUCAAUAUUAUUUUUUAUUUUAUAAAGCAUUUCAUGUCUGGAA